CUGAAGUGGCCAAACAGCUGUGUUUCUGCUUCUGAAUGUGACACACUCGAAAUCACAACAAACUAGCUUGAAUCGGCGAGUGUGUCUGUUGCAAGAGUCUUUUGUCAGCCCUGCACCCAGGAAUGCCUCGCAGGAUACCCUGCUCACUACCCAACGUGAAGUCCAACUUCGCGGUUUCUACUUAGUCUUGGUGGGCUGUAGUCGAGCAACUGCACCCGGCGCCCCAGCGCGCUCCACGGCCGCAGGCGGUCCAACUCGAGUUCAUAUGGCACCACCCGCUUGCGGCCAUGCCUGCCGCGGCAUAGGGUCGCGAGCUGGCUUUCAUGAGCGAAUGGCGCUUGCCGCGCUGGCUUUAGGUUUGGCGCUGGGGGCUCGUCCAGCGGCGGCAGGCGUCACGGUGUCUGACCUGAGCUCGGGCGAGGUCGUGGGUGUGGUGCUGGGCAGCGUGUUCGGGGCGCUGUUGCUGGUAGUGGGCUGCCUGGCCUGCUACUGGUGCCUGUGCACACAGCGGCGGCGGCAGACCGGCGACCUCAGCUGGGCCAAGCACCUAGACCUAGAGGCGGCGGCGCGGGAGGCCGUGCCGCACGUGCCCGUGCCCGAUGGCCCCAGCCCCCGCCUCAGUCGUGGCGGCGGCGCCACCGCCUCCCCCUCCGGCCUGCCAGUGGCUGUGUCUGCCAGUGCGGCCGGCGCCGGCGGGCCGCGAGUGCCGCCGCUGCCACUGUCCAGCGUCGCCGCAGGCGGCCCCCGGCUGGACCUGGGCCCCGCCUUCGACGACUUGGCCGCACUGGAGUCGGAGCGGCAGCAGCAGGCGCGCCUGCAGCACCUGGCGGACGGCGGCGCGCCAUCGCCCACAGGCGCCACCGUCAAGCCCACGCCGCGGCCCGCGGGCGGCGUGAUCGGCGGCGUGGCGGCGUUUGUGCUGCGGCGCGGCGGCGGGCAGCGCAGCUCCAGCGCGCCGCGGCGGAUGGGCAGCGGCGGGCCGCGGGACAAGAACCUGGAGGUGUCGCGCUCGGCCCGCGUGGAGCCGUCCGCCGAGGUGGAGCUGGCCGGGCCCUUCGAGCCCGCAGCCACCAACCUGCAGCCGCCAGCAGGCGGCGCCUACGGCCCUCCGCUGUCCAAGAGCUCCAUGCUGCUGCGCUGGCUGCAGGGGGCAGAGGACGACUACGGGGAAACGGUGGCGGCACAGCUGGCAGCAGCAGCAGCAGCCGGCGACGGCGGAGCCUCCACAGGCGUCAGCCCAGCCAAGAGCGCCGCCGCAGGCGGCGCCGCCGCCGGAGGCGGCGGCGGCGGCGCAGCCGCCGCCUCCCCCGGCGGCCGCGGAGCGGCCGCCGGAGGCGCCGCCGGCGCCUCGCCCGCCCGCGGCGUGGUGCUGACUGGCCUCAACCCGUUCAGCGACCGGCUGCCGCUGCUGUCGCUGGCGGCGCAGCAGCAGGGCAUUGUGUGGAGCAAGAUGCCGCCCUCGGUGGCGUCCAGCCCGGCGGUGUCGGUGACGGAGGGCAGCGCGGCGAGGCACAUGCUGCUGGGCGCGCACAAGGCCGGCAGCAGCCUGCGCCGCCCCUCCAACAACGGGGACGUCAUGUCCGCCGCCUCCGAGGCGCUCACUGCCCGCGGCGCCGCCGCCGCCAACGGCAGCCUCUACGCCGCCCCCGCCUUUCUCGGCAUCGGCGCCGCCGCGGCCGCCGCCGCUGAUGACGCCGCGGACCCGCGCUACCCCGCCUCCCUGGCGCGGGCGUCGGUGGAGAGCUUCACGCCGAGGGGGCGCGCGGGCCCGGCGGCGGCGGGCAGCGGCGCCGGCCUUGUGUUUGACCGCGUGCCGAGCUUGUUGGGAGCCAGCAUGGCGGGCAGCCGCGUGGUGAGCGGCGGCGGCGGCAGCGCGGCGGUGAGCAUUGGCGGCGCCGUGUCGGCAGCGCCCGGGCACGGCGGCGGAGUGAGCGGCGGCGGCGGCGGUGCCGGGGGUGCUGGUGUGGGUGGCGAGGGUGGGGGUGCGGCUGGAGCUGGGGGGCCAGGGGCGGGGGUGGGGGCGGCUGCGUCACCGCCGGCGUUUACGGGUGAGGAUGCGUUCUGGGGCCUGGCGCCCAGCGGCUCUGCUGGCAGCGGGCCGGCGGCGGGAGCGGGACCGGGAGCGGGAGGAGGCGUGGUGGCCGCGGCGGCUGUGGCGGCGGCGGAGGCCACUGGUGCGGCGGCGGGCGGGCCGUCGCCAUGGCUGCACCAGGUGCCGCCACAGCCGCUGACGACGCUGCGGGAGGGGGAGGGCGAGGAGGACGAGGCCGCCGAUGCGGCACCAGUGGCGGCGCCGGUGGCGGCGCCGCCACCGCAGCCGCUGCUGCCGCCGGCGGCGCUCAUGUGGCGGGGCACAGGGUCCAGUGGUGGCGGCGCGAGUGGCGGCGCGAGUGGCGGCGGCGCGCCGCCGCCGCCACCGCCAGUGGGCCUUGCGUUGCCAGGCGCCUCUGCCGCCGGCGCCGCCGUCGCCACCGGCGCUGCCGCCGCCGCUGCUGGCUCUGCCGGCUGGACAACAUUCGGCGAGUCCGCAGACCCGCUUCCUGUGCUGCCCACCGCCGCUUUCGCCGUCGGUGCGGCCAGCGGCGGCGCCGCCGCCCGCGCUGCCUCCCUGGUCGAGGGCAUGCUGGAGGUGAAGGCCUCUCCGGCGGUGCCGCUGCCGCUGGCAGCCGCCAGCAGCUUGGGUAGCGCCUAUGGCCCCGGCGGCGGCGGCCCGCCGCCCAGCCCGUUGGGCUCGGAGGCGGCUUUCGGCGACCCCUUUGGCCGGGUGCUCGCCUCGCCCGAAGCCUCGCCCUACCGCCAGCAGUCCGGGACCGGUGGCAACACCGCCGCCAUCACUGCGUCGCCCUCUUUGGGCUGGCACGCCCCGCCCACCGCCGCCGCUGCCACCGCCGCCACCACCGCGGCGGCGGUAGCAGCUGUGCCCGCCGGCUUCGUCGCCGCCGCUGCCGCGGCGUUCCAGUCCUCCACACUGCCGCUGCAGCCGCCACCAGUGGCCGCGCCGCCCCCGCCGCCGCCGCCGCCAGUGGACCUGUCCCCCAUGGCCUCCGCAGCGGCGGAGGCGGCGGCCGGCGCAGUUGUCACGACGCCGACUCUCAGCACCGCCAGCGGCGCCGCCGCCGUCGCCGCUGCGGCGCUCUCCGCAGCCGCUAGCCGCACGGUGCUGCAUGACAACAGCGGCGCCACCACUGCCGCAGGCCACGGCGUCGCCGCCCCCGCCGCUGCCAAGCCGCCGUCGGGCGUCAGCGGCCCGUCGGAGCCACCGUCGCCGCCGACGGAGCCGUCCGAGAGCGGCGCUGUCGCCGCCGCCGCCGCCGCUGCCGGUGCCGCCGGUGCCGGCAGCACCUUCGUGUCGUACAACCUAGGCCUGGACUGGCACGUCCCGCCCACCUUGUCCGCCGGCCGGCGCGCCGCCGCCGCCGCCAUCGCCGCCGGCGGCGGCGGCGGUCUGCCCGGCGGCCGCCUGACCGGCGACGGCGGCGCCAGCGCCAGCGGCGCCUUCACGCCUGGAUACGCCAGCGGCGACGUCAGCGCCAGUGGCGAGGCCACGCCGCCGGAGGGCGGCGGAGCUGCCGGCGGCCGCGGCAGCGGCUAUGGCGGGCUGCUGCCGCGGCUGCCGGACUUGCCAGUGAAGCCGGAGGGGCCGCUGGCGUGCGGCGGCGGCGCGGCGGCGCCGCCGUCGACGCCGUCGGUGGAGCCCAGCAGCCAGGCCGGCAGCGGCGGCGGCGCGGCGGCAGGGGCGGCGAGCAGGCUGGAGCGGUCGCCGUCGCCGCCGCGCGUGACGGCGCCAGCGUCAUCGCCGGUGCCGCAGGAGGGGCCGCCCGGCGGCGCCCGCGGGUGGCGGCCCGUGGGCGAUGAGGGGGAGGGGGAGCAGGAGGAGGCGGUGGUGGUGGCUGCAGGUGCUGCAGCACGGCAGGAUGACCUGCUCGGGUGAUCUCGUGUUUGUUUGUGUGUGUUUGGGGUGUGAUUGUUUGGCGUGAGAUUGUUUCGAUGGCAGGGCCGAUAAAGUACAGUAGUAGGGUGGGGUGUGCGGUUGAUUGUCCUUGUGUGAUACCCGUACGACUGGGAGGGUCUACGAAGUGGUGGGAGGGCACGUGAGCGUGUCGCAUGCAUGCUGCAAGGUGACAGACGUGGGUGCGGACGGGUGAGCCGUUGUGCUAGGAAAGCACAAGGGAAAGGAGGCUGUUGUGUGUGUGUGUGUGUGCACGCGCGCGCUGGUCGAGGCUAAAGCUAUGGGAUGAUGCACGAGCAUUGAUUGCGUGUAGACGCGCGGUGAGCUGCCUUGGUAGGUAGGCUUGGGGAGCACCGGUUGUUAUUAUGUAUUGGGCCUCAAAGGCGUCGGGCGCAAGAGUCGGGUGGGCAUUGGCAGCACGGGUAGUCGUGCUAUCGGGAGCGGUGGGAGGCUUCGCAGUGGGACAUCAACGCCCUGCAGCCUGACUGCAAUAUGCGGCGGCGAGGUACCGGGCACGGACAUGUCGCCGCCGGCAAGAAGAUGAGGUACACGUAGGUAGCCGUUACUGUUGCACCGCAAAGUGCUUUGCUGCGUGCCCGUGCUGCCCGUGGUCCUCAGUGCUCUUGGCAGCACGGCUGCGCACUACGCAGCUGUAAGCCAGCUUGCCAGGUAACGAGGACGAAGGCAGAAGCACAUAUUAUAUCGAAGAUGCUUUCAGAAAACGAAAUGCGGAGGUGAGCCACAUGUAAAAGCACGGUUUG